ACACUCGUAGAGAAGAGAAAGAAACAAGCUCAUCACUAAAAGUAAUCAAAGUUAAAAAUCCAAUAUCAGAAGUUCUGCAGUAAAGGCUUAAGAUGAAGCAGUUCUCCCUUUCUUUGUUAGCUCUUUUCCUAAUAACUUUGUUCCUCGGGAACAUCAAAACAAUUGAAGGGUCCUUGCGGGAUCCUUUCAGAGUCUUGGAGCAAAUCCCACUAGGUCUUGAUAGGGAUCAGAGCGUGGCUCUGUCUCCAGCGAGAGUGGACUGGAAAGAAACACCAGAAGAGCAUGUGAUCAGGCUCGAUGUGCCGGGGAUGAAGAAGGAUGAGAUAAAGAUAGAAGUGGAGGUGAAUCGAGUUGUGCAGAUAAGCGGCGAGAGGAUACGAGAGGAAGAGAAAGAAGGAGAUCAUUGGCAUAGAGUUGAGAGGUCUUACGGCAAGUUCUGGAGACAGUUUAGAAUGCCUGACAACGUGGAUUUGGACACUAUCAAGGCCAAGCUUGAGAACGGUGUGCUCACCAUUACCAUCAACAAGAUUUCGACAGACAAAGUCAAGGGUCCAAGAGUUGUUGACAUUGAGUUUAAAGAUGACCAAACUGACAAAGUCAGUUCUGCUUAGUCCUAACAAGAGCUCUUGCUAAAUCCAGAACCGAGUUUGAUGUCUUGUAAGAUCUAUGUAAUAUAUUUUUCUAAAUGCAAUAAAUCCUGUAACAGGUCUUUAUAUUAU